GCAAGCAAGCAAGCUUUUAGAUAAAUUGCAAGUGAAACCAUGAGCUCCAUACACCAUUUUCUUUUCCUAUUCUUCCUAUGCCUUUGGAUUGCAGAAUCUGCAGAUCCAUCGGGCCAGUUCUGUAACAACAGUACUAAAAUAAGCAGUACCCAAAUAUCCAAAAACAUAGAUACCCUAUUGCCCAAGUUAGUAUCAGGCACGUCUCAAUACGGGUUCAUUAAAACCUCGUACGGUGAAGGCGAAGCGCAAGUCUACGGCCUGGCACAAUGCAGAGGAGACGUGAGCAGCGAAGACUGCUCGACUUGCAUCCACGAUGCAGCAGACGAAAUCCGUAAGCGAUGUCCAAACCAAUCUGACUCUAGAAUUUGGUAUGAAUAUUGCUUUUUGAGGUAUAGUACACGGAAUUUCUUCGGACAAGUCGAUACAGGUUUUGGGAUUUACUAUUACAAUGUUCAGAACGUGACAGAUCCUGAUCCUGAUACAUUUAAUAAAGAAUUAGGUGCCCUGAUGGAUAAGAUUAGAUCAGAGGCUGUUUUGCCAGCAAACAAAGGGCUUGGAAAAGGAAAGACUAAACUUACACCUUUUAAUACACUUUACGCCUUGGUGCAAUGCACAAGAGAUCUAUCAAAGCAAGGCUGUGCCGAGUGUCUUGCCAUUGCCAUAAGCAACUUUCCGACUUUUUGCAAUGACAAGAAAGGGUGUCGAGUUUUAUACAGCAGUUGCUAUCUUAGAUACGAACUUUAUCCCUUCUACUUUCCUCUUGAUUCACAGGACUCGACCUUACUUGGUGCCUCUAAGAAUUAUCAUUCACACACAGUUUAUAAACCUUAAUAUGUAAUUCAAAGGUUUUCGAGUACUUCUGCGUGGAUCAGAUGUGGACUCUGGACUGCUUCCACAAAUUAUUUGUGUAAUGUGUUUUUUAUUUAAAUAAAACUGGCGAGAACCCUAUCCAUGUAUAAAUACUAUAUGUAUACGCGAUUUUAUAA